AAAUGACGCCAGCAGAGGACGUCCUCUUGGACCCACGUUACGGAACGACGUGAACGAGCGCGCUUUGACGUUCGCGCUCCGGGCUGUAGCGCGCCUCCUGAAAAUGAGGAAACAGAGCGAGAAAACAAUAAGAACGAAACAGCGCAGUGCCUCCUCACAGUGAAAGCAGAGCUCCUGAAUACUUGCAUGUGUGUCGCGUGUUGAGCUCCACCAUGGUUCAGUGGCAGCUCUGCACUCUGGAGAACCUGAUGUAUUCGGGGUUUGGCCGUCCUUUUCCACGACACGGCCUCCAGCUGCUCUUUUGGUUUUCCAACCAGUGUGUGACCUGUGACGCCGUCCAGCUGGUGGUCACCAUGAAGCUGGUGUCGGACUGUCAGCCGGAGAACGGGAACUUCGGCUUCCACCUGUUUGGAAACAUGGAGGAGCUCCUUCCUGUUCUGAGCAGGCCCAGGAAGAGCAGGAGUAAGGUUACGUACUUUGAGGUUGGCAACCUGAGCACAGAAACGUAUCCUGCUUCUGCAAACCUCCCGGCAUACGUGAGGGAAAAUUAUCGGUCAAGUGUCAGAAGCAACAACUCUAACAUCGACCGCAUCAUCAUUGGUUACCGGGUGAGGACCCGGGUGGUGGAGACGGUGUACGUCACCGAGCACGACCCAGCCGCCUUUGGGAGGUUCAGAUUCGACAGGACUUUUGAAAUCAGCUGUGAACUGAUCCAGGCCCUGCAGAACCCCCAGCUGGACCUCACCAGCUUCCUCAUCCAGAUGGGCUACUACGUAAAUGUGCUCCAGGGCAUAGGAGAGAUCCCCUACUCGGAUCCUUCAGCUCAGCAAACCUGCAGCGUGGUGCAGAACUACAGCGGAUACACAGCAACGACACAGCAGCAGCAGCUCUACUGGUAUCCCAGCAGCUACGAGCAGCACGUGCACUACAGCUACAACACAUCAGCACAGAGCGGGCCUGCAGCUAACUACAGGAAACUACCGACGUACAAUUACUGGAAGCUGCCUCGUGAAGCUUUCAGUGGAAAACCAAAGAAGCGGGACGGAGGUGAGGACUUUGGCUUCCUGAAGCUUCUUCUCGGCGCUGGAGCGCUCUACUUAGCAGCCAAGUGUCUGUUCUGGUUACUCGGCAGCUGGUGGAGCGAAGACGUGGAUGGAGACGUGGAGCUGAAGCCACAGUGGACUCUGACGUUUUGGCGCCGCGCUCCCAGUUAUCGGCACACACACGUCAUGCUGGAUUACGUCUUCUAAAACUCGCUCAUGGUAUCAAAUGUCACACAAAGCUGUGGACUUUCUGGACUCCAGCCUGUGCACUGCGCUGUUUUCCACACUGGAGGAAAAAUGAUUUUUUUUUUAAUGAUUUUAAGGUGUUUUUGCUUUAUGUUUGACACAGACUGGACCAAAAUCACAUUAUGCAUUCAUUCAUGCAUCCAGCUGAAUCUGUAAACACUGAAGUGCUGAUCUCUGAAAUCUUACAUUUUAAAAAUCAGUGCAGUAAUCAUGUGAUGUUCCUGUUCCAGGAAGCAGCUUUAGCUCCAGAUGAUUCAGUCUGAGUUUUCACUUCCACAACGUCAGCUCUGAUUAUUUUCACCCUGAGAUCAGCGCGAGCGGAGAAAGAAAGCCAUCACCAAUCGAGCUCCGAUACCACGAUUCACCACGGCAACGGAAAAAUAAAGAGCAGGGCGGCGAUUUUAAUCCAGAAGAAGCAAUAUGAGCGUGUGUCAGGACGGGAGCAUCAGAGAUCACACACUCGCAGUGAGACUGGUUUUGGUUGUUUUUAGUGGAAAAUAAACUCAAACUUUGAAUCAAAUAUUGUUUGACAUAAUUUAAAAACUAGAGCUCAAAAUUUCAGCAUGAAAUGUAAUCAGAUUACAGACUGUCUGUAGGUUAUUUUAGUCAUGUUUGAGACUAAAUAUUCACAUCGGGUCUUGGGAAUGAGGUGUGGGCUGGGAAACCCACAGAUUUCUCUCCACAGGUUCGACUCCCGAGGCUGGAAGCGCAGAGAAAAGUGAGUUCAUUAAACAGCUCUGAUCCCAGCAACAAGGCAACACCACAGCACCAGGAGCCAGCGCACACACUAACACAGGUGACUUCACUGCCCACAGCCUCCAGGUGCGAGGACUCGUAGAGCACGAGUGUUGAACAUUUAGAUUCUGUCGAUCGUGUCGGAGAAUGGCCGACACAAAGGGAGAGGAUUUGAAACCAGUAAAUCCAGUAAAGUCCAAGAAUGAAGCAGAGAGACGGAAAUGAACAGAACUUUAAGGCAGGUCGCACAAACAUGGAUAAAAGUGCGUUAGCUGUUUGACACAGAAAUACGGAGGGCCAGGAGUGACUAAAUGAAGUAAUGUAAUACAAAUUUUAAUUAUUGACACAAUUCAUGAAUUCAUUUUGUCACUCCUGGUGCUCCGUAUCUCUGUACCUCUUUUUACUAGUCGCCCAGCUUUUAGCAGACCACAUCAGGUCGAGUAAACCUCGAGGUAUUUCUCUGCUGGACAGAAAUCUAAUCAUCACUCUUUUUUUCUGAAGAACAAAAACCAAAUUUCUGCUGCUGUGGAUUCAGUAAAAUUGUUCCCUGGAUCUUAGAUCUGAAUAUUAACAGGUGUGAACAUAUGGCUACAACAUCCUUAAAUCUGGAAGCUAUCAUUCAGAAAACCCAACGCAGACUAAACAGCGUCUCCUGAGAGAUCUCUCCU